AUGCACCCCCUCUCCACCAUCAUCUCUCUCCUCCUCUUCUCUCUCUAUCCCCAUCCCCAUCCCCUCACACUCGCAUCUCCUACACCCCUUCCCCCCAGCUCUCCCUCUCUCACCUCCCUCCUCGACACCCUCAUAAACAUCACCAUCACCGCCUCAACACUCAAUUUCGCUCCUCCUGCUCUCCUCACAACAACCACACAUUCUGCAGAAUGCGCAGAUGUGAAUCAGGGAGCUCUGGUGUGCUGUCCGAGUAUUCUGGAUGGUGAUCAGCCGCUUGUGGUGGCGGCAGCUAGGGCGUUUGGGUUUGUGUUGAAUGGGAAUAGUGUUAAUGGGAUUGGAUGUAGGAAUUUAGAUGAUGGUGCGGAUUGUCCGGUGUGGGAAUAUAGACUUUGUUGUCAAGUUACUGAUCUGAUGGUUUUACCACUUGUUAGUUUGGCAAUGUGGUGUCAUGGAGCUGGGAAACUCUGAUUUGGUAACACAUCUUGGUGUGGGAAUUGGGAUCGAUGAAUGA